CUCCGUUAUGGGUCGGAACAACAAUGACGUCAUAGUCAUUCCGUUCCACAACAUCCGCAAUUAUAUUGGCAUCAACAUCGUAUAAAACGAAACUUGGCAAGCUGGUUAUCACUGCUCACUCGAAAUCUUCAUUACAACCCUUGCAACAAGCUUUCUUCUACAAAUCUCACCUCCAAAGUCAACAAUGAAUCAAGUUAACAACAUCACCAUAAAAUUUAUGGAUGUCCCUGCCGAAUUACUGUUGGAUAUUUUUGGUCACCUAGACGUAUACGAUCUGGUCCGAGCACGCAAAGUAUGCAGUGAUAUUCGACAACUCAUCGACUCUUCCUCGGAACUUCAAUACUUGAUUGAUGUCCGAUACUUCAAUGCGAUUCCAGCCUCGUUGCCUGGCAGCGACAUCGCCGUUGCAACACGUCGCCAAUUGCUUCAAAAAAGCGAAACUGCGUGGCAGAGAGCCGAAUACUCUCAAAGAAAUUCCAUUCCGAUGUCUUACUCUCCCGACAACUACCGUUGGUCGUGCGGCAUUCUUGGAAUCCCAGCGAAAUCUCUCCAACAACUCAAGUUCGUCCAGCCCUCACUGUCAGAUGGCGACACCCACACCAUCGACCUGCAACAACGCAUCUGCAAAAUCGACAGCACAGCAUUCGAGGGCUAUAGUUUUUCGCCCGCACAGGAUCUUGUGGCUAUCCUUUCCAAAACAAUCCGUGGAGAGAGUCAUGCAUAUGACGUCACUUUCAGAUCAUUGUCUGAGGACAAACCUCAUCCUGAUGCCGGAUCCCCCCUCGUGAAAGCACUGGACAAUCAAAUCCAUCCACAGCUCUUCGACUCCCCCUACACGCAAUCUAUGAUCUUCGGAGACUAUUAUGGCUUGUUCUGCAAAUAUGCUCACAAAGCAGACGAUGAGCUGGUCGAUUUUUUGCAAAUUUGGAACUGGAAGUCCAAGGAAGUUUCUCAGUGCCUCCAAAUUUUUGACACGGAUUGCGGAACGACGAAUUUCAGCUUUCUGACGAACGAUAGAUUCCUCGUCGCCAGCGCGAGGGAACUAAAGUUGUUCUCCCUCGACACUAUCAAUUCGGUCAAUGCAAUCCGGCUCGUUGCCAGAUUCUCCUUCCCUGCAUUGAAGGACCCCUUCAUCUUUCACUUCAUCACCUUCAGUCCUAUUCCAUUCCACGCCAGCGCUCAUAAUCAACUCAUCGCUAUCAAUAUGUGCAUGUCGGCGCCCACGACCGACAAAUCUCCGUAUUUCACCUUCUAUAUCGAGCGGAACACCCUCUUGGAGCUCGAAUCCACCUACAUCAGCCGUUAUGGAGAAGCAAGCCAGGAUUCUCCUAGUCUGCCUUGGUCCGCCUGGGGCCCAAAGUACACUCGAUUCUUCGAAAAUUCCUACAGCUCCUGCACACACCGCAUUUUCGGAUUCCGUAGUGCGGAGUUGAUUGGCGACCUUCUCUCUCGUGAUGGGGUGUUUCAGCCGCGACCAUUGCGCAUCCGCGACUUUAACCCUCAUAGGGUGACAGACUUCAAGGCUGGCAACAUAUCUACAUCUCAUCAACGACUUGUCGAAGGGGAAUCACCAAAUUCGACCCUUUUCUUGGAUCCACUAGGACCUGGUCUCCCGUAUAUCGAGACGAUUUCUCAAGAAAAGUUCCUUGCCAAUGAUAUGACCAUGGAAGCAAACAGGAUAACGUUGUUAUCCCUCAAAGUCGGAAAUAGUAUGUAUGAUAUUUCACAGAGCAUCGAAAUGCUUGAUUUCGAAUAAUCAUUUACUACACCGAAACUGUUCAAGAUACUUCAGUAUCUCAAUAUAUUUGAUUGAUUCAUACUCAAUGGACUGUGAGAUGCGCAUUGUGUUGCUAUCACAUCAACAUUCUCUCAU